AUGAGGUUUUGGAGAUUCGUGCAUGAUCAGUACCUGAAGACACUAAAAAAAAGUAGCCGAGCAGUUGUGACCAAUAUUGAUUCUGAAUCUGAAGAUAAAAUUUCUGCACCAACUUCCACAACCUCCAAAAUCUCAAAAUCACCUACCAGUAUUUUCACUCCAAAAAUGAAACGACAAGGAUUUAUCACGAAUUAUAUCACACGUCCACUAUCAGAAAAAGACAAAUUGCAUUUUGAAAACUUGGCAUUACCUAUCCAAUCGAUGAGCAAUUGGAGAUCGAAUUUUGCCAAAACUUUCAAAAAAAUUAAUGGACGAAAUUUCACAAAUGCAUCUGCUGAUAAAAUUGGAGUGACUGCAGCCUUUGAUGGCUGGACAAACAUCAAGCGGAAGCAUCUUUUUGAUGUCGUCUUCAUUACUUCUCAGGAUGAAGCUUUGGUUUGGAAUGUACAUGACGUUAAUUUUGCUGGCAAGUAUGCAGCUGCAAGACGACAACUACAAAUUGAAUAUUCGAAUAAAGUUUUCAUACCUUGUAUGGCACAUCAAAUCAACUUAGUUUUCAGUGAUAUUUUCAAGGAAUCUGAUGCAUACAAAACAACAUCAAAAAAUGCAAUACAUAUU